AGAUAAAAUUAUUUGUUCAUAUAAAUCAUCAGAGGAGAAGUUAGAAACAUACUGGUGAGGCAGAGACUGCUCAGAUUGCUGCUAAUAAAUUCUGGGCAUAAAAGUGACUUAAGUAGGAAUGUAAUAUUGAAGAUUAAGAGAAACCACUCUCUAUGUUAGAAUUGGUUCAUAAACAACUAAAAUAACUAAUGCUUAGUUCUGACUUCUUGAUUACUGACCUGUAGAGGAUACAUAGUUUUGUAGAAUAUAUUUGUGUUUGGUCCUUUAAGGUCGUGAGGUUUUGGUUGGUGGUUUUUUUUUUUGUUUUUGUUUUUGGUGGUUUUUUUGGUCAUUAGUGUUUCUGCUGGGAAGUGGAAGCAAUGCUACAUAAGAGCAGUGCUUUUUUUUUUCUGACAGCAUUAGUGGCAGUAUUUUGAAUUUAGGAAGGAUUAUUAUUUAAUCACUUUAAAGUGCUUUGUUGAACUCAUUAUGCAUAUGCUCUGGGUUAGGUACUUGACUGUUUUGCAGAAUGAUCCUUCUGUGUAUAUGGAGAGGAGAAUGCACAGAGUUCUUUGGGGCUUGAGUUUCUGUCCAUGAAAUACGUGAUUCUUUAUAUAUGCGGUCUUGAGUCUUUCUGGAAAAAAAAAACAUUUUACAGAAGUAGAAUUUCUUGCCAUGGAUGUUGGUGUUUUUGAUUCAAGAAUCUUGUUUUGAGGAUAAGGUAGAAAAUGUAGUGCAUUAACUAGUCAGACCUUUAUUUAAAGCUGGGUAUGGAAUUAGGAAAUCUUGCGUUUACUGCCCUUGUUCCCUUAAUGAGAAGUUCUUCAGUUUUACUCUGCUUAUUUCAAAGGUGCAGCUCUCAUUGGCUUUAUCUUUAAAGAUCCUGUGAGAGCUGUAAGAUGAAAAAUAGUUUUCUUGGACAGCAAACCAGUGAUGAUCAGCUGCUCCUUGUGCCUUCAGCUUCUCUGGUUGUGCCUGGGGAAAUAGUACAUAUUUUAUUUUGCAGGCAGUUGACCACACUGCAGUGAGAUCAAACACAGUAGGAGCUGGAAGCUGAGCAAACAUUUUCACAACGGGAAAACAGCAGAAUCUCCAAAUAUCAGCGAAGACUCUUACUGUUUAUUUUACAAAGAAUACUCUUAAAUUCGUUAGAGUUCAAAUCAAGACUUGCAGUCUGGGAAUAGUGUUUCCUUUGUAAAUGUUUUGUUCCCCCAUGUGCUUUUGCAACAAUGUAACUCAAAUGGUCUUUGCUGGAAAACACUUCUUGAACUCCAGCCUGGCUGUUCCCAAAAGCUGGACUCGCUGAUGGCUGUUUUUACCAAGCAAAAGGGAGCAGUCUCACCUACAUCUGCGAGUCCAUAGAAUUCAUACAAAAAUAUUUUGGUAAUUGUUCACUUAAAUUGUUUUAAGGCAAGUGUUUUUAGGAUAACACAAAUCAUCUUGUUGAGGUUUGGUGCAAUUUUACCCUGAGAAACUUACUAACUUACUUUUAUUCCAAAACAAUGACCCUGUGUUUGCACUUUAUUCUUGCCUUGGGCUGAGAGCAGAUGUGGGAAGUUGCUGAUGAGAUGAUGUAUUUUGUUAAGUUGUGGUUGUGUGUGAGUGUGUCUGGUGUUUUAUUGACAAAUAUCCAUCUGAUAAAACAAUGCUGUUCCUUUGAGCUUUCAGGGCUGUUUAACCAUAAAGCUGGAGCAGUCCUGCUGAAAGUUAGUUCUUUCCUUUGCCCCACUGGGGAGUUUUCUCUCUGUCUCCCUUACAUUAAUCUGAAGCUUGAAGAACUGGUUAAGGAGCUAAACUUGACCAAGAAAAGUUUGUUGUUGUAUCUCCUUAGGAUAACUCCUUAUUCUGAAAAGAAACCCACCCAGCUUAGGCUGGUCAACUUAGCAGAUACUGAUUGUCUCAUGUCUUUCUUUUCUACUUCCUUCUACUCCUUUAGAGCUCCAACAUGUGUAUUCUGUGACCACCUACACAGCCCACAGUGUUUACUAAAGGUUGGCAGUGGAAUAUGGCUGCUUAAAAAAGUAAAGGAAAACCUUGUCCUCUCAGGUUCUUGCACAGCUUGGCACAGUCAGCAGGUGGCUGCUGAGCCCAGUGCACAGGGGAGGAGAACACACUUCACCUGCAGGAUGUGUUGCUCAGAGGUUAUCCCAGCAAAAGUCAGGCUGUCUGAAAUGAUCCUCUCCAUGCCUGCGUAGCUAGGAUUCCUGAUGGAGCACGGGAAUGUCUCUGGUGCCAGAUGAUAGUGAGCCUGGGUAAAUAACUGCUUGCUUACUGCAGGAAUGGUUUGGAGAGUACAGUGUAAUAGCAAGGCUGGUAGUUGUGUGAAUAUCUGGGACUUAUAAGCUUUGCUUGUUUUAGGUGAGGCACCUUAAAUCCUGCACCAGUUCCCUGUGAGCUGAUCUUUUCUAAAAUAGCUUCCCAACUCUGCAGCAAACCUCCUUUUAAGGGGAGGGUAUGUGAAUCACACCUGCUGCUGAUGUGUGUUGGCCCUGCUUACCAGAGGGUCCGGAGUGCUUGCUUGGACUGAUCCACCCACUUGCUGUUCCUUUGAUCUGUAGGCUCAGUCAGCAAUGACUUUAGGACCUCCAAAAUUUCAAGCUGUUACACUGAGACAAUUUAAACAGUGAUUCAGUUCUGUCUUAUGUGGGGUUUUUGCAGUCACUCCUUUUCUCAAUUUAUGGAAGAAAGGAUGAAAGGGGGUUGGGUAUAUGCCAGAAGAAGCAGUGAUAUUAAUCCUCUUGUACCUUUGUUUAACCAUUGUUACUUUGGCAGCUGUGUUUCUGAUUUCCAAAUUUGACAGUUUCUUCUAAUAAAAUAUUCACAUGCUAAAUCCAAAUACUUCUUUUCCUGAAUCACCUGUACAGCAGUUUUCAUGGUAAGAGAUGGCUAUUAGAAAAUUUCUUCCAGUGCUUGGCAGUGUGUGUGUUUUGUGAGUCUCCCAUUGUAGUUGUAACUGUGUUUCACAUCAGGUUGUGCAUACAUGGAUUAGGUGUGUGUAGCCUGUAAAUGAUGCAUUGCAUCUGUUAAUCAGGAAUCUAAUCUAAUUUUUGGUGGGAAGAGAGAUAAACGGCAAGUUGCAGUUGAUUGCAGUUUGUUGCUAGAAUAACUAAUAAGUUUCUUUGUUUUCUGUAAUAGGCUGGAUGGAAGGAAAACCAUGCAACGUUUAUGAAUGAAUUGAAAAACCUUCAGGCUUCAGGACUAACAACCCUUGGUCAGGCACUCAGGUCCUCGUUUGACUUGUUAAAUCUCAAUAGAUUAGUGUCUGGAAUAGACAAUUAUGGACAGGGAAGGAAUCCAUUCUUUUUGGAGCCAUCUAUUUUGAUUACCAUCACAGACGGAAACAAACUGACAAAUACAGCUGGAGUUCAAGAGGAGCUUCAUCUUCCGUUGAAUUCUCCUUUGCCUGGAAGUGAAUUAACCAAAGAACCAUUCCGUUGGGAUCAAAGGCUGUUUGCUCUGGUGCUGCGUUUGCCAGGAGCUGCAUCUGCUGAACCAGAGCAGCUUGGGAGUGUGCCUACUGAUGAAUCUGCUAUCACACAGAUGUGUGAAGUUACAGGAGGUCGUUCGUACUGUGUUCGGACACAAAGAAUGUUGAAUCAAUGUUUAGAAUCUUUAGUUCAAAAAGUCCAAAGUGGAGUUGUUAUUAACUUUGAAAAGUCAGGACCAGAUCCAGCUCCUAUUGGAGAAGAUGGACUUGUUGAUUCAUCCAGGCCCAUCAAUUCAUUUGCUUCUCAGCCGUGGCAUAGUUGUCAUAAACUCAUUUAUGUACGGCCUAACCCUAAAACGGGGGUUCCUGUGGGGCAUUGGCCAAUCCCAGAAUCUUUUUGGCCUGAUCAGAAUUCACCAACACUGCCUCCACGCACAGCUCACCCCGUGGUGAGGUUCUCCUGUGUGGAUUGUGAGCCCAUGGUAAUAGACAAACUUCCUUUUGACAAGUAUGAGCUUGAGCCUUCUCCUCUCACACAGUACAUCUUGGAACGAAAGUCUCCCCAUACCUGCUGGCAGGUAUUUGUGAGUAGCAGUGGAAAAUACAGCGAACUUGGCCACCCAUUUGGGUAUUUAAAAGCAAGCACUACUUUAACCUGUGUAAACCUCUUUGUGAUGCCUUACAACUACCCUGUGUUACUUCCAUUGUUGGAUGACUUGUUUAAGGUUCACAAACUUAAGCCAAAUCUGAAGUGGCGACAGGCUUUUGACAACUACUUAAAAACAAUGCCUCCUUACUACUUACUGCCAUUAAAGAAAGCCCUAAGGAUGAUGGGAGCUCCAAAUCUGAUAUCAGAUAAUUUAGAUUGUGGACUUAGUUACAGUGUUAUCUCUUACCUUAAAAAACUCAGCCAACAGACAAAAGUAGAAUCGGAACGGAUAAUAGGUUCAGUGGGUAAGAAAGUUCCACAAGAAAUUGGAAUAAAAGUGAAAAAUCACUCCAGUGGCCUCUCCUUGGUACACAGUAGGGACUUUAAGCAACUGCUGCAAGGGAUCACUGGGGAAUCUCCACUGAGACUGGCGGAAAUGAAUGUUAAAGAAUUUGCUGGCUUCCACAUAGGACUUUUAAACAAGGAUUUGAAGCCACAGGCCUUCAGAAAUGCAUAUGAUAUUCCUCGUCGCAGUCUUCUGGACCAGCUAACCAGAAUGAGAACCAAUCUUCUGAAAACACACAGGCUUAUCUUGGGGCAGGAUGAAGACUGCCUUCAUAGUGUUCCUGUUGCUCAGAUGGGAAAUUACCAGGAAUACCUGAAAAUGAUGCCUUCACCUCUUCGGGAAAUUGACCCGGAUCAACCAAAAAGACUUCACACCUUUGGCAAUCCAUUCAAACAGGACAAGAAGGGUAUGAUGAUUGACGAAGCCGAUGAAUUUGUUGCUGGGCCUCAGAACAAGAUCAAGCGUCCUGGAGAGCCCAACACUCCAGCAUCACUGAAGAGGAGGAGGAGCAUGUCCCCACUGCUGAGACGGCCACAGUCACCGCCCGUGGUCACCAACCAUGUGGGUGGGAAGGGGCCACCAGCUGCUCCUGGAUCCCCCUCGUACCUAAACCUCAAAGGUGUGCCAGGAAAUAAAGAUACCAAUAACAGUGUUGUCCAAGAUGGCAAUGGAGAGAAGAAAGCAGAAAAUUGUCAGUCACUGGAAAAACAAAUUGAUGGCUUAUCUGUGCAAAUGGCUCCUGCUGUUCCAGCUGCUGUGGGAGAGGAUGAAAUGCUACCCAAUGACUUAGACUCUCUACCUGUUGAAUUCAAUUGUUUGAGUGAAGAUGGGUUGGAUCAUAAACCUGGUACCAAUGCACUUGUUCGAGGGCCUCUAAAUUACAGCGUGAGUGGAGAUGACCAAAAACGGGCCGUGGAAUCUACGUCUGAAUCUGUGCCAAAUUCCUUUAAAAUAACACCUACCAUGCUGGAGGGAAGCAAUGCUGACAUCAAAAUCAAAGUGAUGAAAGAGGUUCGCAAACCUGGAAGAAAUUAUGAAAAAAUAUUCUCUCUUCUCGAGGAGGUGCAAGGACCUAUGGAAAUUCAGAAGUAUUUCAUUGAAUUUGCUAUCAAGGAAGCAGCAAGGUUUAAAAAACGAGUCUUAAUACAACACUUAGAGAGAAUACUAGAGGAACUAGAUUUCACCAGCCCACCCAACAGAGUUAAUCAUGUCAACAGUAGAUAAUAAUGUACCAGCCAGACGAAUGCGGACCAGGAAUGAGCUUGCUGUGCCACAGAAGAGUGGAAGAGGAUGUAGCUGCUGCCCUCACCAUCUUGGCAGUCAAGUGAUUUUACUGUCACAGUCUGAGAAGAAGCAGUGGAGCUUUAACUUUAAGAACCUGAUUCGGCAGAAGCUGGGCUAUAACCUUAAGGAUUUGCUAUGAAAGGUGUGGCUUUCUCCUGUGGAGGGUGCUGUUUGCUCAACAGGCGGAAGAAAAUAACCAUUGCUGCCCCUCCUGCAGGUGAUGAGAAUUUACUCAUUUGAACGCUGUCAUUAGACAUUUACGUGCUAUAGGCAGCAGGUUGCACUAAAAUGGGGCACUGUCAAAUGCACACACUUGUCUGCAUCGUGGAGAGAGCCCGUGUGUUCCCAAAAAAACCCUCCCAGAAACACCUGCACUGGUAAAAAUUGCAUGUUGCCACCACAGAGACAAGGGUCUUGUUCCCAAGAACUGCUAGCCAUGCCUUUAAACUUGAGAUUCAGUGUAGAUUGAGAGUAAAGAAACUGCUAUUGUGUUAAUGAAAGCUAAAGACAGCCCUGUGACUGUUACCACCCGAUGGUCACUAAACAAUCUACCUCAGACUCUCUUCUGUUUUGUCUGCAGACAUUAUGAAAGUGCACCUGAGGCUUCCCAGGUCCCCGACUUCAGUUCUCUUUCAUCCUGUGAGGAGGACGGAGAUUCUUCAGGUGGCCUUGGCACACGCUGUGCUUUGGAAGCACUAAAAGGAAACGCUUUUAAAAACGUGUAUUUUAAUGUUCAUACAAAAGAGAUUAUUUUGAACAGUAUUGUUACCAGAUCACUAAUUUGAUAUUUUAACUGUAUAAAUUUUUUGGAACAUAUGUAUAUAUAAAAUAAACCAUUUUAUUAAUUUUUAA